GUGCCUCUAAGAGCCGUAGAGGGAUUUCUUAUUUCUGCUCUGGUAAAUCUGUCGCUCCAGUCAGUGAGGCAGCGAAGGGCGAGCUGCGCACCAUUGACCGUGUCCGUGCUUCUUUUUUCGUCUGCUUGGCUGCCGGUUACCACCGAGACCACAAUCCCGCCGUCCACAAACAGCGAGACGGUGUAUAGUGCGUGUGUCUUUUUUUACGCCACUGUCUCUGUUUGUUGCUAAGCAUUGUUGCAAGCAUCGUGUUCCGUCGCGCUGCCGCGUUUUCUUACAUCUGCCACCGCCUCAGCCGCCGUCGCCGUUGCCGUCGCUGCCUCCUCCGCGAAUUCGCACAACAUCAACGCGACACGCAAUUUCGCGAUCUUUCUUUCUUUCUCGACUCGAGAAUCGCGAGAAUCGAGUCGCGCGCGUACGCCCGCCGUGAUUGCUGUUGUUUCACGAUUGUCUCGGCUUUGAUUUGUGAAAAAAAAGAAGUACAACAUCGCAACAUCCGUUCGGUGAUUCGGAUCUUCGCGAGUUGUAGGGCGCGCGAAUCGUAAAAUUCGGAGUAAUUGGUGUGUCGGAAGGCACGGUUAUCGAAAUUAUAAUGGUGCCGCUUGUUCGCAUGGCAAUUCCGAAAUCAGUCGCACCUGCCUUCUCGUUAGCGCAUCGCGUAUCCAACGAUAGCAGUCUCCUUUAGAUCUCCCGCUACUUCCCGUUUUCUGCGGUUGCGCGUCCUUCAUUUGCCGUCUUUUAUGCAUUUCACGCGACGUCUCUCGAUAUCGCAUCAUCUGUUGCUGAUGAUUUGUCAUUGCGCAACGGGAGAUUAAAACUGCGCCCGGAGAAGCGUAACGGCGGACCGGUCGACGAAACUAGCCUCGAGUGAAUUUAGAAAACCACGUGCGGUUGCGAAGAUCGCGCAUCGUAUGUAGCCGACGGCUGGCGGGCUGCGCAUCUUUCUGAUGGAUCCGAUCAUGCUAGAGAACGCGAGCGAGAUCGGGGCGCAACCGCAACCACAGCAGCAGUCGCAUCAGCAGCAACAGCAACAACAACAACAGCAGCAGCAACAACAGCAGCACCAUCAACAGCAAUACGGGGAGGUGAACCAAUUGGGCGGCGUGUUCGUCAAUGGCAGACCUCUCCCGAACGCCGUCCGAUUGAGAAUAGUCGAGCUCGCGCAGCUCGGCAUCCGACCGUGCGAUAUAUCGCGACAGCUACGCGUCAGUCACGGAUGCGUCAGUAAAAUACUGGCGCGCUAUCACGAGACGGGUAGCAUUUUGCCAGGCGCGAUCGGCGGCAGCAAGCCGCGCGUCACCACGCCGAAAGUCGUGCAGUACAUCAAGCAGCUGAAGCUGAAGGACCCGGGGAUCUUCGCCUGGGAGAUCAGGGACCGGCUGCUGUCCGACGGUGUCUGCGACAAGUACAACGUGCCGUCGGUCUCCAGCAUCUCGAGGAUCCUGCGGAACAAGGUCGGCGCCACCACGACUAUGCAUCACCAUCCGCAUCAUCAUCCGGCGCACCACCAUCAUCAUCAUCUGUACGCGGCCGCCGCGGCGGCCGGUGCGGCCAUUUGUCCGGUGCCGUACCCGCCGACGGUGCCGUACCAUCCGACGGCACCGCCUUCCGUCACGCAUCAUCAUCAUCACCAUCAUCAUCAUCAAGUUGGAGCGUCGGUAGCAGCGGGCAAACUUUCACCGCAGUCACCACCUCCGGCGGUUCACGCUAGCGGCGGACAUCAGACGACGACCAACAAUGCUCUGCAGUGGCCGAGUCCUCACACGGUGCACGAUAUCCUAGCCAACAGCUGCAACAUACAGACCUCCUCGUCCUCGUCCUCACCGACCUCGCCGCUCUGUCCUGCGAUCAACAACAAUCAUCAUCAUCAUCACAAUCAUCAAAGCGACAAUCCUGCCAGCAACAAUAGCAAUAAUAAUGGCGCCAACAACAACAACAAUAAUAAUAACGAUCAAACAACGUCGAGCGGUUAUCUGCACCCGCAUCAUCCUCAUCUGGCACAUCACCAUCACCAACAGUAUUAUGCCUCGGCGCUAUAUCAUCAUCAUCAUCAUCAUGCGGACAGCAUGGCGGCGGCCACUAUAUCAUCCACGCUCUCUGUACAGUCCAUUAUGUUGCAAUCCUCGGGAGCGACGAGUCAGCCGGCUAGCCCUUGUAAUUAGGAAAAGCGCGAACCCGGGAGUUGCUUCGCGAAUUGAUAUCGUGAUGGAUUAUCGAAUAAUCGACGAUACGUAUGCUCUGCGACGUGAAACACGAGGGAAUCUACUUAAUAUAUGUUAGCGCGGUAUGUUAACGACGUCGAUAAUGCGUCAUUCGCUUAAUUGUGAUUGAACGAUCGCGAAAGGAAGGAGCGACAGUCUCGUAGCAGAAAUUUAAACGGACGAAUAAUCAUCAAGUUUAACGAAAAGAAAAGAGAAACGGUUUUGUACUGUUGUGAAAGAGUUGUACAUUUAAUAUUUUAACGCGUAAGGAAUAUUAACCAAGUGCCUCUUACGUGCCUCUCUUGUAAUAAUGUUAAAGUCACAAGUCUGACAAGAUCUGUUCUGCGUGUGUGUAAUAUAUUCGAAGAGUGACUGUGUAAUUAAGUUAAGGCCGUUAGAGAUAAUUGUACUUGAUAGUUUGUUAAUAUUCGCAUGCGAGUAGACUGUUUUUUCCUUCUUUUUUUUUUAAUUAACGUUCCCGAGAAAUUCACGAAUCUAAUGAUGGCAUUUUCGAUUUCCAUAAGACUCGUUCGUUUUGUACCGACAUAAGGAGACUUGUUAAUUAUGUUACAUAGAUAGCAUAUUUAAAUUAAUGAUACUUUUUUUGACUGUGCUGGUCAUUGCUAAUAUGUAUAUAUAUAUCGCUGUUAAAUUAUUUGCGAUUCCGCAGACAUAUCGUUGAGACAAUAAAAGAA